GCACACCUUCUUAUCCCCCUCCUCCUCCACCUCCUCCCCCCAAAAAAAAAAAAAUGACAAAAAGAGUUGUCUUAUUCAAAAAGAAAGAUACACACGAUGCAUAUGAUGAAUUAUUUACAACUCAUGGUUUCUCUACCCAAUUCAUACCUGUACUGGAUCAUGUCUCUACACAUAUUGACAGCAUAAAAGAUAUUUUAACUGCAGGUCCUGAACGUUGGACUGCUCUCAUCUUGACUUCUCAUCGUUCAGUGCAUGCCAUGGCAGAAGCUUACAGUCAAAUUACCUUCAUGUCAGAAGAGACAAAAGCUGCUUGGAAUAAAUUGCCUGUGUAUUUAGUGGGUCCACACACCGCUCAUAUCUUAUCAAAUGAAUUACCUGCGCUUUUUAACGACCCUUCUCAUUGGACAGUAGCACCCAGGGCACUCGAAUUACUCCCCCAUCUCAUGGCUCUACCCAAAGCCGCCGGAGAGCUGCUCUUCCUGGCCGGAGAUAAAAGACGGGAUUUAAUUCCUACAGAAUUAAAAGCUGCUGGAUUCCACGUGCAUGAAAUUCAAUCGUAUGCCACCACUCGUCAUGCCAAUCUAUCCAAUCGUCUAUCUCAGUUAAACUCAUUGUCGUCGUGGUAUGUCUAUUUUAGUCCUUCGGGUCUUCAUUAUGUACUCGACUGUAUUGACCCUCAUCAAUUCAAUGGUGCUUUAUUGGCUGCUAUUGGUCCAACAACAGCAGAAGCAAUGGAACAAGCAGGUCUUAUACCAGAUGUUACUUCUUCUGCUCCAGAUGCUCAACAUUUACUCGAUGCCAUUGUGCGGUCAAUGAAAUAAAAAUAAUAAUAAUAAUCUAUAACCG